AUGCGAACAGAAGAUUCACGAUACCUUCAGCUACUCGAACGUCUUCGUCAUGGACACUGUAAUUAUGAUGACUAUGAAUUAUUGCUGACACGAGUAGUGGGGCAACCAUCAGUAGGCUCUCUCUGUGAUUCGCCAUGGAAUAAAACUCCAAUACUUGUGUUCCGAAAUAAAGUACGAACACAAUUGAACAACAAAGCAGCAAUUCACAAUGCAACUCAAUUAGGCCACGUCCCGAUGGUAUGCGUCGCUCAAGACAUUUGUAAUGGCAAACCAAUUGAAGAUCCUAUACUUAUAAAAAAAUUAUUGGAAUUAUCUGAUAGCAAGACAGAGCAUUUACCUGGUUUAUUACCUUUUGUUCCUGGAAUGCCUGUUAUUUUAACACAAAACAUUGCUAUUGAACUUGGUCUUAUUAAUGGUAUUAAUGGAAUCUUUCGACAAUUAGUCUACCAGGCAGAUUCUGUAUCAACAGAUGUUUUAUUGGAAAUAUUUCCAAAAAAUACACAAUAUAUUCAUCGACCAUUAUAUG